GCUAUAUAAUUUUGUCAUUAAUUUUUUUUUAAAUUAGUAGAAGGGGGAUGCUCUGUUAAAUUAGUAAAGGGGGAAACUGAUGGAUAGUCAGUUGCUUCAUCUGGAAAUUUGGAAAUUUAUAGGUUUUUAAAUUUCUAAAAUUUCCAAAUUACUAAAUUUCAAAAUUUGCUAAUGAAAGUAAUCGCUGCAAGCAUUUCAGCUAAUGUCGGUGAGCUAUUCAGCGAUCACUUGAUUUGCUUAUGCUAAUUAUUACGUAAAAGGUUGAAUAACCUCAGAUAACAAUUGAAAUAAAGUCCACGAUCUUGGUGAUUAUUUUUCAACGUUCUGAUUCAUAGAAAACCAAUCAGUAAUUAAAAUCAUCGUUUUCCAAUCGAUCAUUAAAUCUUAUCGUUAUUAAUACCUGGUACCAGCUGCAAGGGUAAUCUGAGCAAACAAGAGAACAAACAUCGCGAUUUUCGCUCGACUAAAAGUAACAUUGAAACAUCAAUAUUGUUCAUUUACUUUCUACCCCAUUGUAGGAAGAAGUUAAAUAUUUAGUAAUUUCAUUAGCUGGCAAGUGAAAUUAGAUAGGUAAUGGAGAUCGAUAAUGGAAAUGCAAGUUAACGGUCUCAUUAUGGGUUUCAAUUUUUCAAGAGAACGUCACGCUUAAAGUUCACGUUAUUUUUACUUUUAAUUAUAUAGAGUAACGUUUAAGCGCUUUAAAAAUUUAUCGCAUAUUUAUAUUUCAUUUAAAACAGGAAUGGGUGUAAAGAACUCUUUUGGAGUACUCUUUCCAUAUUUAUUCCAUAUUACUAACAAUAGUACACUUGAUACUGUAACGAGAAAAACAAAUUUCUGAUUAAUAUCUUAAUUGAUAACAGUGUAAAAUAUUAAAUUACAAUUUUAUAAAUCCGAAUGUAACACGAUAUUGUUUUGGACUAUUAGUCGACCCAAAUGAUAAUGAAAGAUAAGUAAAAUGUUAAGUAAAACUUUCAACAAGUCGAACUCUAUAAUUUUCGUAAAAAAAAAGAAAAGAAAACAGAAAGAACGAUGAUAAAUCCAACUGAUUAUGAAAAUUGUUCUAUUAUUAAUACAUAAUGCAUAAGCAGAGGAGGUGAUGUUACAAGUUCAGGAAGGUCGAGGUGCACAAUAUAUAUUGUGCUCUUCACUGAACAGCUGCUAACGAUAAGUUUUAAUCAGUUUCUAUCGAUCAUUCAAAGGCGAGGGACGGUAUCGAAAAGCUCAUAUUGAUACGAAACAUAAAACAAUUACAAAGUAUUCAAAGUCGAAAAACUUAACAAUAAUGACGAAUAAAAUAGCUGAUUGGCCAAGUGGUCCUCUGGACUCUUACAGAAAAUGUGCAACAUUUGACUGGAAAUUACUGAAGCUCAACUUGGAAGGAGAGGAAUGCGUAACGUUUCAGAAUGAGUUAUGGGACUUCAUAAAAAAUUCGGCAGUAUUUCGAAGACCCGCUUGCCCUACGUUAGAUGAAGAACGUAAACUUUGUAAUGCUCGAAUCAGAGUGCUAAAAGACAAUAAUAUUGUGAAUCCAUUAAUCCAUAGAGAAUGGUUUAAUACAUUAUUUUACUACGAUGCCAAUAUACCGAUCAAAAUGGGUGUAAUGGAUGGUAUGGUACCAAGCGCGUUACUUGUUUUGGGUACAAAAGAUCAUUAUGAUAUUGCUGAAAAAAUUCAAGAUGGAAGGUAUACAUGUAGUUUUGCACUAACAGAAAUAUCUCAUGGAACAAAUGCGAAAGGAAUGAGAACUACAGCAACGUACGAUGUGAAAACAAAGAGCUUCGUCUUCCAUUCUCCAGAUUUUGAAGCUGCAAAAUGCUGGACCGGUGGUUUAGGAAAAACUGCAACACAUUCCAUUGUAUUCGCACAACUAAUUACACCGGAUGGAUACAAUCACGGUCUUCAUACUUUUAUUGUACCCAUUCGAGACCCGGGUACCCAUAUACCUUUCCCAGGUAUUAGAGUCGGUGACAUGGGUGCAAAGAUAGCAUUAAAUGGAGUAGAUAAUGGGUUUAUGAUGUUCAAUAAUUACCAUGUACCCCGAAACUGUUUGUUGAAUCGAACAGCAGACGUUACAGAAGAUGGAAAGUAUAUAACAUCAGUAAAAAAUAAAAACAAAAGAUUUGGUGCAUCGUUAGGUGCAUUGUCGUCGGGACGUGUUACAAUUACAUCCGUUUGUGCAAGUUUAGCGUCGAUCGCGAUGAUUAUUGCCAUACGAUAUAGCGCAGUAAGAAAACAAUUUGGACCGUCCGAAACAGAGGAAUGGCCGGUUAUAGAAUAUCAAGCACAGCAAUGGCGAUUAUUUCCUAACUUGGCAGCAACAUACGCAAUAAAAAUAUUUUCUGCUGCAUUUAUAAGUAAAAUGUCUGAAUUUCAUUUUAAACUUAUGUCUGGACAAAAUCAAGAUACUAUUGGUAUUGAAGGUAUGGAAAUACAUGUAUUGUCUUCUGCAACCAAGCCAUUAUGUUCAUGGACUAGUCGAGAUAUUAUUCAAGAUUGCAGAGAAUCCUGUGGAGGACACGGUUAUCUAAAAAUCUCACGGUUGGGUGAAUUGAGAGCUGAAAAUGAUGCAACGUGUACGUUUGAGGGUGAAAAUAAUGUGUUGAUUCAGCAAACCAGUAAUUGGUUACUGAAUCAAUGGUCAAACUUGCUUAACGGAAAACCCAUCAAUUCCCCUUUUGGAACGGCAAGCUUUGUGCAAGAUGCGAAGCAUAUUUUAAUGCAAAAACUUUCUUAUUCGAACAUCGAUGAAGUACUAAAACCAGAAAAUUUACUUUUCUCUUUGAAAUGGUUAACGUGCUAUUACUUAAAGAACACGUAUGAAUACUCGCAAGUAUUGAAAAGCCAAGGUUGCGAUGACUUUGAAGUUAGGAAUAACACACAAGUAUUUUUUGCGCAAACUUUGUCACUGUUAUACGGACAGCAUGCAGUAAUGAUGUAUUUUGUAAAAUGUAUAGAAAAUCCUGUGUGGGGAUUAAAAGAGCGCAAUGUAUUAACAAAAUUAUGUUCCCUUUAUGGAGCAACUGUUUUAGAAAAACGAUUAGCUGAUUUUUAUGCUGGUGGUUACGCGUUACCGACAAGCGAUAUAGAUAAAGUAUUAAGAAAAGGUAUUAUAGUUUUAUGUAAAGAAUUAGUUCAAGAUGCCGUAGCUUUAGUUGACGUCUUGGCGGCACCAGAUUUUAUCAUAAAUUCACCAUUGGGUAUGGCUGACGGCCAGGUGUACAAACACAUUGAAAAGGAAAUUUUCAAGGAUAAAGGAAACUUCGAACGGCCACCAUGGUGGAAAGAGAUAAUAAAAUCAAAAUUAUGAUAUGUACAUACAUGUAAUUAUCAUAUUUUGUUACUAUAUUUUGAAUAUUUUUCUACUAUUAAGCUCAGUACACAUUGAAGCAAUGGAAAUUUAUACAAAAUCAUAAUAAAUAUUUUUACUUGCAUUAUUUAUACAAAAUUGCUAAAAAAAAAGUUCUAAUAAUGUUAAUACAUUAUUGUUCUUUUAUAUUCUUUCUUUAUUUAUAAGUAUUUUAAUCGUUACCUGUAAGAUAGUCGAUGGAUCGUACUAAUGUUAAAGUUCUGUAUGUUUUUUAACUGUGAUCAAUGACUUGUCUGCUUCGGCAAACCAUUCAUCGUAAACCGUGUAUGGGUCAAUCAUCCAGAAUUUAUGGAACGACACAGGCUCUUGCGAAGCAAGAUACGCAGUUGCAUAAUCGGUAGGACGUGCCUGUAAUAAUUAUAGUGGAAUUUAUUUCUGCAUCUAAUAACUUGAUAAUGUCAUUCGAAAGAAAGACCAAUUUAUCAUAUUUGUAAAUUAAUGAACGUACUUGAUGGAAUAAUGACGAAUGAAUAGGGUUAGCUCCAAUUUGUGCUAAACAUAUACCAAAUAAAUACAUAUCAUCCGGUGUGGUGGCUGAUGGACAUCUGCAUUUACCAGACUGAAUCAUUUCAUGAACUAAAGGCGCAGACAAAACAACUCCAGCUCCACCCGUUAAGUAGUCAUACCCAUAAAAACUAUCCCAGAUUCGAAAACCGUAUCGUUCU